AUAGAUAUUCCUAACCUAUCUCUUUCAGCGUUGGAAACCAAACCAAGCAAAAACAUAACCUAAAAGAUUAAAACAUAAAUUCGACAAAUUCAAUGAAAAUGUCUGCUGUAGAACUGGUUAUUGAAGAAAAGAAGGAAGAUUCAGUCGAUAGGCAAAAGGUUUGCCCCUUUUUGCUACGAGUUUUUGUCUCACCUGGUCAUCAUUACAAGACUUCCGACUACAACAAAGGGACUACUCCCCAAAACGAGUUACAAAUCUACACGUGGAAAGAUGCCACAUUAAAUGAACUUGCUCUUUUGGUUAAAGAAGUGAAUCCCGAGACGAGACGCAAAGGAACCAAGUUUACGUUUUCGUUGGUUUAUCCUGAUUCAAGGGCCCCAGUUUAUCGAAUGCGCGAAAUAGGUAGUACCGCAACGGGACAAAAAGGUCCUGAUGAUUUAAAAACUUUGGCUCAAGCUAGAUUUGCGAUUGGUGAUUAUAUGGAUAUCGCAAUAUCAACUCCUGAUGCUUGGGCUCCAAACUCACGAAAAGGAUAUUCUCAAUCCUAUAAUAAUCACAGACCAAGACCUUAUUAAAUAAGAAAAGUUGUAAAAUUAGGUUUUUAAGGAUAACGCUUUCGUGUGGAUUUCUUUUUAUCUCAAAUAAAUAAUAAAUUGCAAAAAUUAA